CUCAAAGUCUUGUGUUCCGCACCUGACCGCAGCCUCCGCGUGCGGCCUGGGUUUGGCUGGAAGGGAGGAGCCGAGCACCGGGUCUCCGCUCCCAGCCCAGCGGCUCAGAUCAGUCCAGGACGCAGCGUUCGGCGGAGGAGCGCUGUCUCGAAGGGGAAGGUGGGAGUUUCGGGAAGUUUCCUCCGCGGAGAUGGAGCGUCCGCGUUGCGUUCAGGGACCGAGAGCAGCGCGGAGGAGCGAGUGGCUGCGCAGCGCCCUCGCGCACCACCACCGCCCGGACCCCGGGGCGGAGAACGAGAUCGUGGUCCUGGCCACGGGGAUAGACCAGUACCUGCAGGAGGUCUUCCAUCACCUCGCGCACCCCAACCAGGAGGAGGCGGUCUCCGCGGCGGACUUCGGCGCGCUGUGCGCGCUGCUGGGGCUGCCGGAGGAGGAGGAGGAUGGUGAGUUCACGGAGCUCCGCUCGGACCUGCCUCCGCAGCUGAGCUUCAGACAGUUCCACUCCCGCCUCUGCGGCUACUUCCGCGCCCGGAGCAGCGGCGACGGACGGUUGCCGCUCACCGAGGACACCGAGCUGGUGGAGCGGCAGAUCCGAGCCCGCUGGCCGCGUGUGCGCAGGAGGAAAUGCGUCACUUUUGAUUUGGAGCGGCAGCCAAACUCCUGUCAGUCCAGUUCAGGCCGGACACCGAAGGACUCAGGUGACUCAGAGGAGGUGUCGGCCCUGAGGGAGCUGGUGGAGGACCUGCGAUCGGCCCUGCAGGGGAGCGACGCUCGCUGCCUGGCCCUGGAGGUGGCGCUGAGGCGGGACCGGGCCCCAGCUCCUCCUCCUCCUCCUCUUCCAACCGUCGCCAGUCCCACCUCCAUCACCUUCGCUCAGGGCAAGCUGGUGCCAACCAGCCGGAUCAAGGGAGGAGAGGUGGCCCGGAGGCUGGGCCGGCGCCGGGAUGCCCGGGACCCCCUGGUGAGGGAGCUGAAGCUGAUCCGCUCCUCCCGCGACGGCCAGCUGAAGGAGGCCAUCAGGUUCAACCAGCGUCUGGAGGAGGAGGUGGGCUGGGCCUACCAGGAGGUGCGCAAGCUGCAGGCGCUGGAGUCUGCCCUGCGGAGGGAGAACACGCUGAUCAGGAGGCGGGCGGAGGAGGCCAGAGAGGCGCUGAGUCUGGGCCUGCAGAGGGUCCAGCUGCUCCAGGAGCAGGCCCAGUUGGUGCCACAGCUGCAGUCCAGGAUCACGCAGCUGGAGACGGAAGUGCAGCAGCACAGGUCCUGCUGUAUCUGCUCCCACAAUCCUCUGGUCCUGGACACAAGAGAAGAAGAGCUCAGCAGCAAGUCCGAUGGUGAGUGUCUGCAGCGAGCAGUGGAGGGAAGAGCUGCCUCUGAUGAGGAGGAGGAGGAGGAGCGAGGAGCGAGGGAUGACGCGGAGGUGAAGACGCUGGACUGCAGCCAAGGCACGCUCACACGUCAGAACCACUCGGCCCAGCUCGGCUCCCAGACUGAGGGCGACAGCAGGGGGCACUGCAGGUGGGGGAGCCCAGCUGCGCCGCCGCCAGUGAGCAGCGCGGGGAGUGGAGAGCUGUGGCCGCAGGCGCAGGAGGACAGAGCCAGAGUGAGGACGCAUCUGUCAGCCGUGGAGGAGCAGUUCAGAGACGCGCUCACGCUGCUGCUGCAGCUGCGGAACAAGGUGUCCUGCCUGCAAAUGGACCGGCUCGUGGUGGACGUGUGCAGGAGGAGUGGCGACUGUCCGACCCUGGUGCUGCGUGUGGCGGAGUCCCUGUGCCUGCAUUUGACGUCUGACCACCGCGUGGGAGAGAGACAGGAGAAGGGAGUCGGGGCGUCUUCGUCGGGGCGUCAGCCCGGCAGCGUCCGCGCCCUGAUCACCUCCUGCUGAAUCAGCUCUGUGGAGGAGCAGCUCUGGGCCAACACCUGUGUAUAUUUCAUCUAUAUGUUACAUAUGCUACAUAUUCCCUCCCUCCUCGUUGAAGUCACGUGCGAUGCCAAACCCUCACAUGGUCCCACAAAUCUUGGCACCAAGGGUCAUGACUCGGACGUGAAGGAUCCUGAACCCUAGACGUCCAAAUCCCCAUGAUGGAACUGUAGAAUAGAGGGAAGUGAGUGGUGCAGCGUCAGCCCAACACUAUAAACCAACAUGGCCGACCUCCAGCUCCAUCUCUCUCCAGGCUGUUUCUGAGCCUCUACAUCCCUCACCACCCUGUGGGACACAUCAGCAGCUACUGUUGGAAUGAGCCGCUCACACACACCUGUACCUCUCAGGCUCCGCCCCCAUCCAAAGGCUCCGCCCUCAUCAGGAGCUCCGGAACUAAACAAAAGUUAUCAUCAGCAUCAGUUUGUUUAUUAAUUUAUCAGGCAAAUAAAGCAUAUUUGGUGCAAAUCUUUGCAGCCUGGAACUUUUUUAAGUUGAAAACUGGCACUAUUUUUUAAAAGCUCUUUUGCAAAACUCCUUAUUUCCUCUCAUGUUACUCCAGAACCAUAAAUGACUGCAACUUUCUCUGUAUUUUUUUCUCAACUCUGCUACAAACUCAGGCAUUUUUGGCUGAAUUUCGCGGCCCAGACAGAAGAGGCAGCACCACAUUGGACUGGUAUGAAAUAACAGUGUUGUUUAUUUCCAGCAGGUCA